GCGAGGGAGGGGGUUGGGCCGAGAGCCGCGGAGGCCCGGGGCCCGGAGCCAUGGACCAGUACUGCAUCCUGGGCCGCAUCGGGGAGGGCGCCCACGGCAUCGUCUUCAAAGCCAAGCACGUGGAGACCGGCGAGAUCGUGGCCCUGAAGAAGGUGGCCCUGCGGCGGCUGGAGGACGGCAUCCCCAACCAGGCCCUGCGCGAAAUCAAGGCUCUGCAGGAGAUCGAGGACAGCCCGUACGUGGUGCAGCUGAAGGCCGUGUUCCCGCACGGCGCGGGCUUCGUGCUGGCCUUCGAGUUCAUGCUGUCCGACCUGGCCGAGGUGGUGCGCCACGCCCAGAGGCCGCUGGCCCCCGCCCAGGUCAAGAGCUACUUGCAGAUGCUGCUCAGGGGGGUGGCCUUCUGCCACGCCAACAACAUCGUGCACCGGGACCUGAAGCCUGCCAACCUGCUCAUCAGCGCCUCGGGUCAGCUCAAGAUCGCCGACUUCGGCCUGGCCCGGGUGUUUUCUCCAGGUGGCGGUCGCCUCUACACGCACCAGGUAGCCACCAGGUGGUACCGAGCUCCCGAGCUCCUGUAUGGUGCCCGCCAGUACGACCAGGGCGUCGACCUGUGGGCGGUGGGCUGCAUCAUGGGAGAGCUGCUGAACGGGUCCCCCCUUUUCCCGGGAGAGAACGACAUCGAACAGCUUUGCUGUGUGCUUCGCAUUUUGGGGACUCCCAGCCCCCAAGUCUGGCCAGAGAUCACAGAGCUGCCGGACUACAACAAGAUCUCCUUUAAGGAGCAGGCUCCGGUGCCCCUGGAAGAGGUGCUGCCGGACGCCUCUCCCCAGGCCCUGGACCUGCUGGGUCAGUUCCUUCUCUACCCUCCACACAAGCGCAUUGCAGCCUCCCAGGCCCUUCUGCACCAGUAUUUCUUCACACCUCCCCUGCCCGCCCACCCAAGCGAGCUGCCAAUCCCCCAGCGUCCUGGGGGGCCUGCACCCAAGGCUCACCCAGGACCCCCUCACGUCCAUGACUUCCACGUGGACCGGCCUCUUGAGGAGUCACUGUUGAACCCUGAGCUGAUUCGGCCCUUCAUCCCAAAUGGAUUGUCUUCCAAAGGAGCGAGUGUCUUUGGACAGCAGCACGCAAGGGCUCCCAACAAGGUUGCAACCUGGGGAUCAAACAGUAGAUGCCCGACUCCUUCAAUUUUGCCAGCCUUCUGGGGACACAAGGCGUGGGGGCAGGGUGGCUGAGGCCAUACCUCCGCUGAGCAGAUGGAUUCCUAUUUUGUGUUGAGGGAAGAGACAUCUAGUGUUGGGAGCCCCGACCCCCCCCCCCCCAAUCCCAUGCUCUGUGAAAGCCCUGUGCGUCCUGCACAGAACCCCGCAGGCUGACCACCACUGUCUCUGCCAGGAAACAAAGGCCGGAAGUAAGGCCCAGCAGCCGAGGGCUGUUGGUAGGAGCUUGGAGGCCUCCCGUGCCCGUGGCUCCCUAGACUCCAAACCUCUACCCCCUCCAGGCUCAGAAAAAAGAUUUGAGGAACAGUUAGCAGUUAAUGGUUGCUGGGGUUCGAGGAGACACUUCUUGGUGUUGCAGCCACUGGCAAGCUGCUCAUGCCCUGGCAUAUAAGCCUCCACCAAGCUCUAGUUAAACCCAGUGGGUCACGUAUGACACACGCACGCGCAGACACGCUUGAUGCCAAAGUAGAACUAGGACAAGUUGGGAAAAAGUUGUGUGGGGAGAUGAUCAAAGUACAUUAUAAGUGAGUUGUGGAAACCUAAGAGUUAACAAGGUGUUAGCAUUGGAAAAAAGAAAAAAUGAGCUUUUAAACUUUAUUUAAGAGAGAGAAAAUGAAAGAGAAUGGAAACACCCGGACCUAUUGCCACUACAGAUGAACUCCAGAUGCAUGAGCCACUUUGUGCACCUGGCUUUAUGCGGGCACUGGGGACUUGAACCUGGGCCAGCAGGCUUUGCAAGAAAGCUCCUUUAACUGCUGAGCCAUCUUCCCAGACCCAAAAUAUGCGAUU